AUGGCUGUUCACAGCAAGGAAGAUAUGAUUUUUAGUUAUCUUUCUGAUGAUCUUUUAGAUCAUUGUAGUGUUGAUAUUUAUAAUAAAGAAGACACAACUUUUAGUUAUUUUUCUGAUAAUCUUUUAGAUCAUUUUG